CUUGUACAAAUGCAGAUAACAACAUUUAAUUACUUCAUUGGCAAGCUGAUUUAAGCAUAAACAAGUUUUCACUGGAGACUUACGGCUCAGUUAAACUCGGAGUUAAUGAGGAACAAAUUUCUGGCUCUGAAAAAUAAAGAUACCUCCUUUUGUACUAGGUUGCUGUUAAAUGGGCAAGUGAAGAUGUUGGUGCUUAACUGUUCCACAAAACUGCAGAUUCUAGAACAAAUGUUAAAGAAGAAUUUUCCUGAAGCCCUCAAGGUUUAUGGAGCAGUGUUGAAUAUAAACAGGGGAAAUCCAUUCAAAAAGGAAGUGAUUGUGGAUUCAUGGCCAGAAUUUAAAGCUGUGAUUACUCGCCGACAAAAAGAGUCCAAAAGUGAUGCCCUAGACUACUUUACAAAUGCCUGUACUGUUUUCUACAAAAAUCUUCAAGCUUACCAGGCAUUGUUGGAGCACCCAGAAACUAUAAACUGGGACCAAGCCUUCCAGAUACAAGGUUUACAGGAUGGUUUAUACAAAACUUCCAAGAUUUUUGCUGAUGCCAAGCAUGUAAAUGUGAAGUUGUCUUCUUUCAAAAUGGUAAUCUACCCAGACCCAGAUGCACUUCCAGAUGUUCAACUUCCGUUAGUUCCUGCACCGAAACUGACUUCCCUUGAUGCAUCUCAUGAAAGUCUUCUGAAUAACAUCUGGUCCCGAGGAGGAAGUGACCAAUGCCAGAAAUACCUCAUCAACCUCAUUUGCUGUUUCCCCAGCAUGUGCAUUUUGGAUGAACAUGGAUGCCCCAUCUCCUGGGAUCUGACAGAUCAAUUUGCUACUAUGAUCCAUGGCUAUACAUUACCCAAGCAUCGUAGGAAAGGGUACAACCGUCUCAUUGCAACAAAUCUAGCUAAGAUGUUAUACAGCAAGGGAUUUCCAGCUCAAGGAAAUGUUCUGGAGGAUAACUUACCAUCAUUAACUCUGCUAAAAAGCAUGAAUGCCAGAUUCUUACCUUGUCAGUUUGUCAGACUUAUCCACACCCCUUUCCACCUUUUAGCUAAAUCUGAGUGAACAUGGUGGAUUUUUAAAAAAAAUCUAUGAUGGUUGGAAAAUGUACCUAUUUAAUUUGAGGAAUCAAACCUUGUAUUUGAUGUUAUACAUGUCGGAACAUGUUAAGAUAUAUUUAGACAUAACCUUGAAGACCAUUUAUGAAAUGGCAAUGCUAUUCCAUAUUAAAGUUAAUGCAACUAUUGAAAGAACAACAGUUGUUUUCAAGCUUAAACAGAGGCCCGAUAAGAGAACUUUAAUAAAUAAUAGGGUAGUGCUCAAUUGGAAGCACUUAUUGAUAAUUGUUUUCAUAGGAUGCAAAGACUUUUUAAAUUCACCAACUGUUUCCCUGAAAAUAAGACCCAACUGGAAAAUAAGUCCUAGCAUGAUUUUUCAGGAUGCUCGUAAUAUAAUCCCUAACCCCCAAAAUAAGCCCCAGUUUAGCUUGUCAACCAGAUGGGUGCAUAUAGUACAGUAUUUCCCCCAAAAUAAGACCUAAUCAGAAAAUAAGCCCUAAUGCAUCUUUUGGAGCAAAAAUUAAUAUAAGACCCAGUCUUAUUUUCAGGGAAACACAGUAGGUUUUAAACAACAUAUGGAACCUAAAUAAUAUAGAGACCCAGUUUGGUUUAGUGAUCAAGGUGCCAGGCUAGAAAGCAGGAGAUCAUGAGUUCUUAGCCAUGAAUACUACAUCGGUGACUUUAGGCCAGUCACACACUCUCAGGCCAAACCACCUCAAAAAGUGGUUGUUGUGGGGAAAAGAGGAGUGGUAAGAUGUGUUGAAUAUGUUCACCAAAUUGGGUUGUUUAUAAUAUUAAUAAAGAUGGGAGACAAAUAAAUAAAUAAAAAUAAAUAUGGAAUUAGGUUGUCAGAUUUUGCCUCUCUGUUAAAAUAAAGCCAUUUCAAAGCUGAGGAAACACCUUGUUACGUUUUUUUUUCCUGUUGGAUUAACAUAACACAGCACAGGUUUUGUAAAGUAUUAGUGGGGCUGGGGUCCAAAAACAGGGAUGAGGUCUAGAUCAUCUUUAGAUGUUCCUGGGGAUGGCUGGAAGUAAAUCUCUUAAAGAGGCUGGUAAAGAAGAGGAAGAGUUAUUCUUCUCCCCUCACAUACUUUCUGACCUGGAAGAAAACAUACAUGGCAAAAAGGUGGGUUUAUUGCUUUCUUAAAAUAUUUUAAACUAUAGCUUCCCAGUGUUACAUUGUCUCAAAGGAAUAAUUAUAUUCUUAAAGAUUUAAAUGCUAAAAAUAUAAAUUCUUAACCUAGGAAUCCCUUUUCAUACAUACAUUAAUGUAACAAUUUUUACAUUUUCUUUACACAGUCGUAGACAAUUUCAACCAUCUGUUCAAGCUUGAAAUAAAGAGAAAAAAUUGCAUCCUACUAACAAAGAUUUUUCUUUGAAUAAUUGUUGUGGCAUAUUUAAACAAAUGCAAACACCAAGUUAAUGUUGUUGUUUUUAAUUAUUAUAGACUCCUUAGAACUAGCAAGGAGCUUAUCAGUUAACUGGAUAACCUGAUUAAUUGCUAAAAUUUAUAUCAGCAUCAAUAUAUUUUGGCAAAGGACAUUCAUAGUUGUUAAUCAUCAGGUUUACCUUUAACAUUGUCUUAUAGGGCCUCUUCAAAUUCAUUGUGUGAAGAUUUGCCAUAAUCAACAUGGUUCUGGGUCCAGGUAGAAGAUUUUGGAAGCUGUUACUCUUAGAACUACCCAUUUUGAAAAGGAAUAUAACCAUAAGAAUACAUAAUAAUCAUAAUAAAAUAAGUCCAAUCCAAUCCAUUUCCUUUCAGAACACAACACAGUGUGGAAGUAAAGGGAGAGUUGUCUCCAAAGGAUAUGCAGCGUCCCUUAUAUAGGGGUAUUGUGAUCCUGAUUAUUUUCUUUGAUGUGUGGAAUUCUUUCUAGCCAAUAAUCUUGCUGAAUGCUUUUUUUCAACCCUUCUCUCUACCUGACUGGUCCUUGAAUGGGGGAAGGGGGAUGUUAGGUCUUUCACUUAGUCUUAUGAAGCCAACAAUAACUUCCCCUCCUGGAUGCUAGAUGUUGUGUCUCGUCCGAUCUCACCUCAGCCGGGGUCUUCUUAUCUGCUUCCGAACACGGAGGAAUGUUCUAGUAUGCCUCCCGGCCCCAGCCCUGGCUCCAUGCCCAGACAGGCUGAAGAGGAAGAAAUACCUCCAGUCCCCAGCU